AUGUCCCGCCGGACCCUGUUUCUUGUGCUACUAGCAACGUGCCUGUUGGCAAAAGUUGCCAACGCAAGCGAUGGCAAUGGAUCUGCAUGCCCGCCUGUAUCUACCAACAGCGGCGCCGUACAAGGAACAGUACAGUACAUCGACAGACUACCCGACAAGCCCAUCUACACCUACCUGGGCAUUCCAUACGCAGCGCCCCCUGUUGGAGACCUGCGGUACCGCGCCCCGCAGCCUGCAGUACCGUGGGAGGGCGCCAGGGACGCUACACGUCCCGGCCCGUACUGUCCACAGGGCCCGCAUAUCCUGCAGCUCUUCCCCUUCAAGCUUCAGCACUACGACUUCGACGAAGACUGUCUAACGCUGAACAUAGAAACUCCGACUGUUGACAAAGAUGCCGAAUUGCCUGUGUUGCUGUGGAUCCACGGAGGCGCUUUGUCCAUGGGGAUGGGGUACGUCGUGCCCUUCGCCGCCCUCGCCGCCCGACAAGACGUCGUGGUCGUCUCCAUCAACUACCGUCUGGGCGCGCUGGGCUUCCUCAGCACUGGGGACGAGAACGCCCCUGGGAACGUCGGCUUCCUGGACCAGAUCCAGGCAAUGAUUUGGGUUAAGGAGAACAUCCGGAACUUCGGAGGGGACCCUGAGCGGGUGACGAUUUUCGGCGAGUCGGCUGGCGGAGUGAGCGUCAGCUACCAAGUUCUGUCCCCGCUCAGUAAGGGACUGUUCCAGCGGGCCAUCUCGCAGAGCGGCACUUACAACACCAUGGAGCCGGCGGCAAAGCCUAUGGAGUUAGCUACGAUGUUGGGAAAUGAGGUGGGUUGUGAGGCGAAGGACGCCGCUGGCCUGGUGGCCUGUCUUCGGCAGAAGCCUGCGGACGACCUGGUGGCAGGCGCCCAGCGGAUGGCGAGUUACGGCAGCGGCGAAAGGGGGGCGCAUUUCGGUCCCGUGCUAGACGGACACUUUCUACCGGAACACCCGACGGGUUUGUACGAAAACGGACAAGCGAACGCCGUGGAGUAUCUUCUGGGAGUCAACAAUCACGAGUUCGGAUUUGUGAUGCCUUCCAUUAUGUAUUCAGAUUUCGGGAAAGGGAUGACAGAAGAUGCCUUCCUUCUCGAAAUGGAGAAACUCAUAGAGAAAAUCUACCCGGGAACCAAGAACAAAGACGGCAUCGUGGCAGCCGCGCGUGACGUGUACCGUAACCAUGACAACCCAGACGAUCCAAUGGCGGUGCAGUAUCAGUUUACCCUGUUCCAAGGCGACCAAAUGUUCGUGGCUCCAACCGUCGACACCGCAAUGAAACACACAGCAUCUGGAUCUAAGGUGUACCUUUAUGAGAACUACUACGUGCCAUCCACCGCGGCUGGCCGGCCGGACUGGGUGGGGUGCGACCACGGUGACGAUCUGGCCAUGAUGUCCGGGUGGCCGUUUCUGGACGUCCAGCUGAGGGCCGGAGGUUCGAUCCCGUUCUCACAGGACGACAGGAAAGUCAGCUUGGACAUGAUGGCUUACUGGGCUAAUUUUGCUCGCACGGGAGACCCGUCCGACCCUACAGGUGCCCCAGCCGACAGCCUGGCGUUACCAGAGUGGCCCCGCUACACACGUGACCACCCCGCCUACAUCCGGCUGGGUGUGACGUCAUCUGCUGACGUAGGCCUGCAUCCGGACAGGAUGGCGCUGUGGAAUGACGUCAUUCCCAAACUCGUGGCAUCGUCCAAUAGAGAGGAACUGUAGUCAGAUAUUGAAAAAUUGCCCCCUGCGAUUUCACUAAA